GGUGACUUCAACACCUUGAACCAGACAAGAAAGUCUCAUUCGCUUUAAUUCGCUUGUGCCAAGACGCCCCCAUAACGCCCCCGCAUCAUGACAGCGCGCAGUCUCCCUUUGCAAAGCUCAUACCAAUGCCUGCCGUCCUACCGAAAUGCGCUCGUCUUCCUAUGCAUCAUCGUCUGCCUCGAAUACCUACACGUCUGCCCUUUAAUGCCCCCCCCCAUUAAAGGGCAUUGCAUUGCUCCUCUCGUCGAAGCCUUUGUAAUUGCAGCCUUCCUGUUCCUCAGCGGUCGCCGCAUGCACUCAGCAAACAGAACGAUAAACUUGGAGCAAAGCCAGUUUCCGUGCACCAUACGUGAAUUCCUCCGAAAUCUCUACCGUCUCCUCUUGUCCAGCCCUUCUAAAAUACGUACUCAACCUCACUCUACCUCAAGGCGAGUGAAAAUCACUCUCGAAAAAUAUGUGGAUAUUUGUUGCCCGGAAAUUUCGUAUGCUCUCCGUCUGGCCGAUCGCCUCCCAUUACUCGGGGGCCCCUCCCCCCUCGUAACAGUUCGACGACACGCAUUCGCGUGGGGUCCCAUCGAUAUGACAUCAUGACGUACGCGCUUGGUAUCUGAGGCUGCCAGUGUCGGGCGACAGCCCACGAGCGAGGUUGCCUGACACACAGACGAAGGAAGACACACACGGUAAGCGAUGGAUGCCUGGCUCUCUGUGUGCACUGCGGUGCGGUGCGGUGCGGUGCGUGCCGUCCCCCGCCCCCACACACAGCUCACUUGCUCUUCUGGUAGCAUCGCCCAUGACCCCGACUCUCAUGCCGCUGUUCGGCGAGCCACGAGGACCAAACCCUGCGGCACCCCCGCGCUGCAAAGCACUGUUCCAACACACACAGACAGGACGGACGACACACACACGUGGUAAUGCAUACGCCCGAGUGUAGGUGUGUGCGCAUACCGUCUCAGGUCCUCUUGCUCAAUUUCGUAGAAUUCGAUCAGCUCUGGAUGUUCAUCCGUUGCAGGACCCUACACACACACACACACACACACAACACACACGCGCGCGCGUAGGGCCGUAUCAAUCCGUAUGUUUCGUGCAUACUUUGAAGACGGCGAUGGGCCUUUCCAGGUCGUUGGCUGCAAAGAGGUUGGCGCCCUCGGCUAUCAACACCAGCCUGCACAUCACGGCAUCGGUUCGAUUACAUAUGCACAUGCAGCUGUGUGAAUGUGGUUGUGGCGUACCUCACCUGUCCCCGCCGACGAAAUCGACCUGCACCACAGGCUUGCCGUCCGUAUCAUUCGUGAAACGCCUUGUACAGGCACACAUGACCACAUGCACACCAAGUUCAGGUAUAGGUGUGUUUUGUGUGUGAGUGCGUCGCGCCCCACCUGAUGCUCUGGACGCGGUACACAUUCUCCUGAGUGCGAUUGUUCCCCUCCUCAUCUAUCGGAUACGUCCAACGGAGGUAUAUCGUCUCUAUCUGCAGACAGACAUAUACACACACGCGCACAUGCCUGCCUGAUUGGAUACACAUUCUACACAUGUGCGCUACACCUUAUCAAAUGCGGUGAGGUUGGCGUCAAGGAGGCCAAAGAUGCCGGUAGUGUCCAGGUAGUCGGCCGUCUUGACCACUCGCUGGUUGUCGCCUCGCAAGACGCCCCGCUGCACACACACACACACACACACACAUACACACAUACAUUGACAUGUACAUGCAUUGACAUGUACAUGCAUUGACAGGCCUCGAUCCGCAUCACCUUGUCUGUCUGAACAUUUAUUUCGUCGUCGAUGACCUGCUGGAUACGAGCAUACAGAUCUACACACGCAGCGGCAGCGGCAGAAGAAUGACUAUCCGCGCACAGUCAUGAAUGCACACACACACACACACACACCUGUGACGUUGACCUCGGCCAAAUCGCCCUCAACUUGCAGGCGGCGGAGACUGUCACGUCCGACCUGCUCAGACACAGACACGCAGCCCACGUCCUUCAUCGAGAUCUCUCUGAGAUCUCUCACCCGCUUCCCCUCCCCACCUGUGCGUUGAUGCUUCGGUCCAGCUUUACCAGCAGGAACACCACCAGCAAUGCUGACGUGUGCCACACAACAUGUGUACAAGCGAAUGCAGGAUCUGACGGAUGAGGACAUGCAAUGCAUCCCGUCAACUUCCGGACGUACCGGUGGGCACCAAGACAAAGAUAGUGCUGCGGUCCAUCGUCGCUGUGUGUGGCUGGGCAGGCUUCUUCUUUUUCUCCUUCUUCACCUGUUCGUGAGAGAUGGCAGGAUUGCCAGCUUGGCAAGACG